UGUCGGGCAUUUUUGACAAAGAAGAAGCCAAAUGGAUCCCGAGAGAAAGAGCUCAUGCUCAAAGCUUUUGCUCGCGGGGAAAGUCAGCCGGAACAACAAACAAGAAUGAAGAUUUCCAGAAAUUCAUUUCUAUUUUUUAAGUAAAAUACAGAACGUGUCUCCAGUCAGAGAAACUGUAUUACAUAAAUUACAUUAAUUUAGUCAUCUAUAAAUAAUUGUAUUUAUAAAUAAUGUGGGGUUGGAGAUUUCGAAACCAUUCCACCUUCUCCCUGCUCGCAAUUACUAGCGGAAUAGUUGCCUUGACAUGUAUUGUGAUCGUGGGUUCUGCUGGAGGAAGACAACUGGACCCUGAAGAUGAGGAAGAUAAGAACGACGCUGCUCAUGGAUUGGGCCAGCAUAUCACUUGGCUCCCGUUGAAGGAAGGCUUCGAAAUCGCCGAAAAAGAGGAUAAACCACUCAUGCUUAUCAUUCACAAGUCAUGGUGUGGGGCUUGCCGAUCACUUAAACCGAAAAUCAAAGAGUCGAAAGAACUCGGGGAGCUUAGCAAGAAGUUUGUCAUGGUCAACGUCCUGGACGACGAAGAACCCCCAGAAGAACUUUACCGACCUGAUGGUGGUUACAUUCCCAGGAUUCUGUUUUUCAGCCCAAAAGGCGAGCUUAUGGAUGACGUGAUAAAUACCGAGGGGAAUCCUCAGUACAAAUACUACUAUUACGAUGUCGAUGGAAUCAUGACUUCCAUGAACGGAGUUGUCAAAAAAUUACUUUCUCCACUAGACGACGAUACAAACAUUGACCAAAAUACCAAAGACGCAAAAGAUGCAGAUGAAAAUGCUCCCGAAGACGAAACAACCACCGACACCACCACGGCGAGCGACAAGUCAGAGUUAUCUAAUGAUACAAAGUUACGCCGACCCAUUGUGAACACAUUUUACAAGAUUGGGCUCAACUGGUUUAAAACGUUUCAGUUAAUACUUAACGAUAUUGGUUAUUAGGUGGGCCACUCAUUUUUGCUUUUAUGCAAUCCAUAUCCUUAUGAUAUUAUAACUACACAAUUUUAAAUUAUGUAGUCUGAUUACUUACCUUGCCAUAUUAUUUGCAUCAGUUAUGACACGUACUGUGAUGUACUUUAUUCUAUUAAUUUUCUGGUUUUAUACUUUUUUUAUGAAAUUGUCACAAUUUAUAGAAAUAAUUGUUUUCUGACUUAAUCAAACUUAUAUAUUUAUUCAAUUACAUUAUAAACAACUUAGUAAAAGACAUAAAUAAUUUUCAAACUGAA